AUGUCAACGGGCAUUAUUUCUCGCCUUCACGAAUGGCCUCGAUAUUGCUUGCCAAAGGCUCGCAAAAUCGCGCUGGAUGUCAUCAAAGCCAAUCCACCGCUGUCGACCCAAGACAUAUUUCGACUGGUCAAUGGUAACACUGCAGCACAACCUUCGUCGUCGCAGGUGACAGCUACGGGUACUAGACCCCCGCACCCUUUCACGAAGUGUCGGGGCGUGAAGCCACCUUGUGCGGGGAGCCAAAUACGCUCUGUCAGGCAAGGCUUCCCUUCGAUUUUCUGUUUCUCGUACUUGAAGAAAAUAGUUCUCCCUAGUUUGGCGAGUGACAAGGAGAUAGAGAAGUUUCAUACUAAAGUCGAAACCAAACAUUCUCGGACCGCCGACGUUUGGCUAUGGAGGGCCAAAGAUCGCAAGAAAUCCGCGCAGCCUCAACAACAAGCUGCCACGGGAAAUAAAGUAGAAGCUCUACCUGCUGAGAUAGCUGACCUCCCACCAGCAGCGGUGGGCGUCGGAGAGGACUGGAGUCACCUGAACAGACGUCGUCAGCGCGCGCGAGAGAGGAAGGUCGAGAGAGAUUUGAAGUGGAUGAGGACUCUGCAGAAUGCCAAAAGAGAGGCAGUACAAGAAUUCCUAGCGGAAAAGGUUCCAUCUGUGUCGUUGGGGAUGCCAUCAUCAAGGUCAUCUAGAUAA